AUGCUUGGUGUCAUACUCGUCGACCGUCCCCACCUGCAGACUCUCACCACGUCACCCAAGCCACCGGUGUUGCGUUGCACUGACAAUGAGGUGACGACGGAGGUGGCCGCCGCUGGUGUGAAGGUCGAGCCGCAGCCCAAGGUCAGGGCGGUCUACGCGCGUGCAGACCCAUCGGACGUCGACGCCAACAUCGUGAAAGAUGGGUACCAGUGGCGCAAGUACGGGCAAAAGGUACAGAGGAGUGCUGACGACAGGUCGAUGCUAGUGGCGACCUACAAGGGCGAGCACAGCCAUGCUCAGUGUGCCCAGAGAGAAUUUGUCAGUGACGGGUCGACGAGGCAGCAGGGGGCCUCCGGCUCAAUCUCCAUUGACUCGUUGGGCCGGACGAUCACCCUUGGUCUGGCGAACAAAGGGCCAGGAUCGAACACGGAGGCCGAGGCGAUUUCAGGGGACCUCGUGACACCAGAGUUUCGGAAGGUAUUGGUGAACGAGCUGGUGAAUGAUUCGGAGUUCAUGGAGUCUCUGACAAGUGUGGUGACUGCAAGAAUGAUGGAGAGAAAGAAUAUCAUACCGGAUAUUAAUGAACAAGCAUAUGUUGUUCAUAGUUCAUAG